CCCAACGCGCCUCUGCUGCAACACGCUGCUAUGGAAAGUGGCCAGCUAGCCGGUUUAGCCCCAACUCGGAGGAAGGCGAGCGCCAGAAAGCGCUAAGCGGGCUUCUUUCCUUCUUUUUCGGAUGUUUAUCUUCGUUUCCGCUCCGCAGCAGCCAUGUCGGGAGACUUCGCCGCGUUUCCAAACCAAUGCAGCUUUUAACGUCGUCCGCGGACAAAAGAGCUGUCGCUGGCUGGCUGGCUAGCUAGCAAGUGUUGUUGGACCGACGGGCUUACAGGGGGCUCAGAGGACGCGAGAAAAAAGUGCUUCAUCUCGGUCUGAGACCACAGAUAGUUCAGGACAACACCUCAGAGCGGGUGCUUUCGGCUGGAGGACUGCGGGGUGACGUUUUCCAACGCAAGGUCUGGGCGGUCUGGCUAAAAUGCACCACCAGCAGCGGAUGGCAGCCCUUGGCACGGACAAAGAACUGAGUGACCUGCUGGACUUUAGCGCGAUGUUCUCUCCUCCGGUUAGCAGCGGAAAGAACGGACCGACCUCUCUGGGAAGCGGACAUUUCUCCGGCUCAACUGUGGAGGACAGAGUGAGCUCAGCAGCCUGGGGCAACGGCACACGUAUUACAAAGAGUUACGUGGACGGAUCUCAGUAUCACAUGACCAGCCGGGACCUCGGCUCACACGACAACAUCUCUCCGCCCUACGUCAACUCCAGACUGGCAGGUAAAACAGAGAGAGCGCCGUACUCUUAUGGACGGGACUCAAACCUGCACGGCUGCCAUCAGCCGGGCCUCAUGGGAGGAGAGAUGGGAAUGGUCAGUCCCGGGACGGUUUCCCCAACCAAGCCGGGCUCACAGUACUACCAGCAUUACGGCAGCAACCCCCGCCGGAGACCACUGCACAGCGACUCUAUGGAAGUCCAGACGAAGAAAGUGCGCAAAGUCCCGCCGGGUCUGCCCUCCUCCGUGUAUGCGCCGCCUGCCAGCACUGCCGAUUAUAACCGGGACUCACCAGGGUACCCGUCCUCGAAAGCACCCAGCGGCAGCUUCCCCAGCUCCUUCUUUAUGCCAGACGGUCACCACAGUACAGACUUAUGGAGCUCCUCCAGCAGCAUGAACCAGCCCAGCUACAGUGGCAUGCUGGGAAAUUCCUCACAUGGCCCCCAAAGCAGCAGCUACUGCGGCCUGCACCCACACGAGAGACUCAGUUAUCCGUCGCAUUCCUCGGCGGAAAUCAACCCCAGUCUUCCACCGAUGUCCACUUUCCAUCGCAACAGCGGGACGAAUCACUACAGCGCCGCCUCCUGCACGGCCACCACGAACGGAACGGACAGCGUUAUGGCUAACCGGGCGCCGAGUGGAGCAGGAAGCAGCUCACAGACUGGGGACGCUUUAGGAAAAGCCCUGGCUUCGAUCUACUCCCCUGAUCACACCAACAACAGCUUCUCCUCUAACCCCUCCACUCCAGUGGGAUCUCCACCCUCUCUCACAGCUGCCAGUUCGGCCGUUUGGUCCAGAAACGGUCAGGGAGCGUCGUCCCCCAAUUACGAGGCCCCCCUGCACUCGCUGCAGAGUCGUAUAGAGGACCGGCUGGAGCGGCUGGACGAUGCUAUCCACGUCCUGCAGAGGCACGCGGUGGGUCCCUCCACGGCGAUGGCCGGCGGUCACGCUGACCUGCACGGCCUCAUCGCACCCUCACACUCACACAACGGCGCCAUGGGCGGCCUGGGAGCGGGAUACGGCACCGGUCUGCUGUCCUCCAACAGACACUCGCUCAUGGUGGGUCAUCGUGAGGACAGUGUUGGACUCCGCAGUGGUCACUCCAUCGUGCCCAAUCAGGUGCCCGUCCCACAGCUGCCAGUCCAGUCCGCUACAUCACCAGAGCUGAGCCAGCCUGACCCGUACAGGGCGCUCUCCAGUGGUCUGCAGGGUCAGAGCACUUCGUCGGUCAGCUCGGAUAUCAAAUCGGAGGAUGAGGGCGACGAGAACCUGCAGGACACCAAGUCCCUGGACGCCAAGAAGGAUGAAGUGGACAGCAAGGAUCUGAAAGCUAUAGAGAGGUCGAGAUCUAGCAACAACGACGACGAGGACCUGACCCCGGAGCAGAAGAUUGAGCGAGAGCGCGAGAGGCGGAUGGCAAAUAACGCGCGAGAGCGCCUCCGCGUGCGGGACAUCAAUGAGGCCUUCAAAGAGCUGGGCCGCAUGGUGCAGCUUCACCUGAAGAGCGACAAACCGCAGACCAAACUGCUCAUCCUGCACCAGGCCGUCGCCGUCAUCCUCAGUCUCGAGCAGCAGGUCCGAGAGAGGAAUCUGAACCCGAAGGCUGCGUGUCUGAAGAGACGAGAGGAGGAAAAAGUGUCGUCGGACGGUCCGCCCCUUUCUCUGGGCGGGGCUCACCACGGCAUGGGCGACGCCUCCAACCCCAUGGGACAAAUGUCAAAGCUGCCAGACUUUUUCAAAAUGGUGAGCGACCACUACCUUUGACGACGUCAUUUAUGCUCCUGACCGUCUGUAAAACAAUCAGAUCCAAUCAGAUCAAUCAGUGAAGAUGAUCGACCUUCCAUCUGACCAGCCAGCUUCUUCUUCUUCUUCUUCUUCUUCUAUUUUUUUGUCGUCGCUGUUUUUCGUUCCUCCUCCCCGACCCCGUCAUGAUGUUUUCUUGUAAAAGUAUAUCCUUACGUGUUCAUUGGCUAAGGAAAAAUAAGAAAACAGAGACACAUGGGACGUUUUUCCCUCUCUUUCCUUUUCAACAUUCCCGGUUUAAAAAAGGAACAGUAAAUAUGUAUGAAAAUACAAUGAAAAAGAUGUUUUCUUCUUCUUCUUCUUCUUCUUCUUCUUCUUCUUUUUAUUUUCUUUUGGAAAAUGUGCAAAUCGUUGGGGGACUCUUCAAACAUAUCAUGAUGUUGUUUUAACAAAAAAACGAAAAAAAAAAAACCUUGGCAGAGCUGUUUGAGAGCAGCUUGCAGAUUUUUCAAUGGCAAUCUCUCCACACUGUGGAAAACUCUUGCAGUUGUGCCUGACUUUCUUCUUGGGAAAGUCUAAAAGAGAAAGAGUAGAUAUAUACGUUAAAAAAAGAAGUCAAUCCGUUUAUCGAGAGAGAGAGAGAGAAAGUGAGGGGGGAUUUUCAGCCACAACACAUCCGACGGGACGAGAUGACGUAGGGAAGUUUGCCGGAAAAAUGGUCGCAAUAAUGAAUUUCUCUUCAGAUUUAAGUGCAGGAAAGUGUGAGGGCAACUUUUAAACCAGCAAAUUCCUGGACGAAGCGACUUCGAAGGCCAUUCCAGCGUUAUACGUACAGAAGUCGGAGAGAGAAAAACGAUUCGGAACCUGCACGCGAGUCUAAGUUGCGUUCACAUUACAACUGUUGAAGUUUUGCUCGGAUCCAUCAUAAACCAGUGGAGAACUUUGACCUUUUAAGCUCUGACUUUUCCUUCAAAACUCACUACUCACUAGCGUCUCUAUGGGAUUUCUAGUAGUAUGUUAGCACUACUCCAACACUGAAGACUAAACACAGAUUUGAAGCUUGUAAAAGACAUUCCAUGUUUUGUUUGAAGCUUAUAACAGGCAUUAACUUGUAGCAGUUCUACAAUGAAGAGCCCACAGAACUGCUGCUGUUUUCCAUUCCUAACUAUUCACUGACACUUACAGCUAUCUAGAACUUCCCGAGCGACAUUAUAUCUCACUUCCCUUGUAAAUCAAACCGUGAUUCCUCUGUCAGUUCCUAAUUGCGCUGGUGGUUAAACUAAAGGCCUUCUGUUCAGCUCCUGAAGGCCUAACCAAUGGGAGAGCUCGCUUGGCUAUAUCUACCUAGAUUGGACAGUUUUCCGUUGGGAGUUUCACAAAUUUCCAACCAGUCCAGACACAGCAAGCAAGGAAGACCUUAAAGGCUUUAAGGGAUCUGACCAAGGAGCACACAUUAAAUUCACAUUUAGACAAAAAAAACGGAUUCAACUCUGUAAUGUGAACGUAGCCAGAUUCCCAGGAUCAGUCAGGAUGUGCCGUGUUCUGUCCUAAAGUGACCAAUGGAAGAUGACUUGUUUCCCCUGCCCUUGACAAUCCAUAACUUGAUCGAUGUUUGUUUGUUUUUUGUUGUUCUUGUUGUUGUAUUAUUUUGCCAGAUUCUUCUUGCCCCAAUGAAAGUCGUCACCAAUUUCCAAACUUGCCGUCCAAAUUUCUCCUACUGUUCGGCACCGGCCAGUCUCGGAACGUGGCGAAAGCCGGCCAAGUUGUGUUUAUGGUUGUUUUGAAUCCAGAUCUAGCCCCGCUCCCACCUAGUAACCCCCGCCCCCCUCCCAGUUCUCCCGGAGAUGCAAUUUCAAACACGCUACACUUCUACCAACGUGCCUUUUUAGAGUUCAUAUCAUCACACUGCGCGAGAGGGACAUUAUCAGAAUUUUUUAGGAUGCAAGCUUAGGGAAUUGUUAGUCAUUAGGUCUAUGCAGUCAGGUGUUUUAUCAGCCUGGAAUUUAAAAAAAAGUAAAAAGGUUAAAAAAAAAGGUAUUUUUUGGAUAAACUGUAUUUAAUGUACUGUAUGCCUAUAUGUAAUUAGAAGGCGUGUCCCGGACAGACCCCUGUUUUUGAGUAUUGUAUAGAUACUCAAAAUCCCCGCCCCUCCAGACCCCAACCCCGCCCCCUUCCCCUCCCGACUCGCAGCCGUAUUAUUUUUUAUUAUUAUUUUGUUUUGG